CAAAGUUGGACGGGGCGCUUCCCCGCGAUACCCAACCCAGCCCAGCCUUAUUCACCGACCUCGUGUGAUACGAGCCGCCAGGCAUCGUAGUAAACAAACACUCUUUUGUCUCACAAUAUUGUCACUAUUGAAUCACAAUCAUGGCGACUACGUUUCCAAAUCUCUACACGCUCCGCAAGGUUGCUGAGACAGCAGCCAAAGCAUGCGACAUCUGCUACAAGUCGAGCACAUCGGUGCUAAUCACACCUGAUCAAAAGGAUUUCUUCUUUGUUUGUCCGGUUCAUCUGAAGGAUCGGUACUUUUGCACGCCAAAGAUUGAUGAGGAGGCUGCUAAGAGAAAGAGGGAGAAGGAGUUAGAGGAGGAGAAGGAGAGGGUUAAGAAGGAGUAUGAGGAGAAGCAGAAGAAGAAGAAGGAGAAAGAAGAGAAGAAGGAAAAGGAUAAGGACAAGGAUAAGAAAGAAAAGGAUGGGGAUAAGGAGAAAGACAAAGACAAAGAGGAUAAAGAUGAGAAGAAGGACGAAGACAAGGACAAGGAAGACAAAUCUCCGUCUCCUGAGGAAGAGCCCCGUGUGUUUGAGCUGAAGACGGCCUUUUACCAGCAAAGAUUGCUGAAGAAGCGACAAGCCGAAGCCGCAAAGGCUGAUCGGGAACGAGCAUCAAAGCCUGGAUAUUUUCCCUCUGUGCCCUCUGAUGCGCCCAGUCGAUAACAGGAGAUGGCGAUGCUAGUGUUGGAGUUUGAAAGGAGAUCAGAGAUGCUUUUGUGCGGCGGCUAUCUUUGACUAACGUGCUAGGACAGAGAUCUAGGUUUGUCAUAAUAUAUUCCCAUUUUGAAAGCU